GUGGCAGUCAGCUGCAGACAAGGGUGUGGAGGAAGCCAGGGGAGGCUGAGAAAUAGUGGGGGAUGGAUUUGGGUUUGAGCCCAGGGAGGAGAGAGAAUACUGUAUGUGGGACCUGGGUUUACAGAUUUGAGGGAACAAGAGUAGAAAGAUUUUCCCAGGCCAUUGCCUGAGCUGAAUUUCUAUCCUGGACUAGUUAUUGCAACAGCUCCAAAGUAAUGUUACAAGGUUUGCCUGAGUCGCUUGAUCCAUCAGGACCUGAAUGCGGAAGGAAAAAGGAAAUGUUUGACCUGUUCCUGGGGCAAUAUCUUGAAAGCAUCGAUGUGACUAGGGGAAACACAGAGUGGAGCGAGCACCAGCUACCCUGAGGAAAACUUCACAAGGAUGGUUCGGUUAGUCUUUCAACCCGAAACGCAGGUCGGACGUCUGAGACACCAACACCGUAGCGAGAGUAUUUUAGCGAAUUGACUGCGCAAAGUGCUGCCGCCGAGUUUUACGGCCUGAAAAUAACCGCCUCGUUUUAAGGACUGUAUGCACGUGGGGUGUGUUGACAAACUCUGGAGAGGUGUAAGAGCAGCUGAGUGAUGGAGAAGCCAUGUAAAUGUGGGGACUGUGGGAAGGGAUUCAAUUAUCCAUCACAGCUGGACAUUCAUCGACGCAGUCACACUGGAGAGAGGCCGUUCACCUGCACUCAGUGUGGGAAGAGAUUCGCUUACUCAUCCAGCCUCUAUUUACACCAGAGGGUACACACCCGCAAGAGGCUGUUCACCAACCUUGAUUGUCAGGAACGAUUUGAAACUCCGCCAACCCUCUCAACUGACCAGGUUCAUUCUGAUCAGAGACCUUUUAAAUGUUCGGACUGUGAGAAGAGCUUCAAAAGUAAAUGGGAGCUGCUAAGACACAAACGCACCCACACGGGGGUGAGACCUUACAUCUGCUCCAUUUGUGGGAAAGGAUUCACUCAGUCGUCCUACCUUCUGACACAUCAACUGGUUCACACUGACCAGAGACCUUUUCCGUGUCCUGACUGUGGAAAGUGUUUUAAAAGUAAAAAUGACUUACAAGUCCAUCAACGCAUUCACACCGGGGAGCGGCCAUUCACUUGCUCCCUGUGUGAGCGGCGGUUCAGGCGCUUAGCCCAACUGCAGACACACCAAAGAGUUCACACUGACAAGAGACCUUUUAAGUGUUCUGUCUGUGAGAAGAGCUUCAAAAGCAAACAGGAUCUGUUGACACACCAGCGAGUUCACACCGGGGAGAGGCCAUUUACCUGUUCUGUGUGUGGAAAGAGAUUCACCCGUUCGUCCCACCGUCUGAGACACCAGCGAGCUCACACUGGGGAGAGGCCGUUUACCUGCUACGUGUGUGGGAAGGGAUUUACUGAUUCGCCUCAGCUUCUAUUACACCAACGCAUUCACACUGGAGAGAAACCGUUCACUUGCUCCACGUGCGGAAAGGGUUUCACUCAGCCGUCGCAGCUCACUGAGCACCAGCACGUUCACACUGACCAGAGACCUUUCAAAUGUCCUGACUGUGGCAAGAGCUUUAAAAGCAAAAAGUACCUGAUGACGCACCAGCGGGUUCACACUGGAGAGAGACCGUUCACCUGCCUCGUGUGUGGGAAGAGGUUCACUCAGUCAUCCCAUCUGUUGACUCACCAGCAGCUUCACACCGGGGAGAUGCCCUUCACUUGCCCGCGAUGUGGGAAGCGGUUCGCUCGAUCGUCCAACCUGCUGAGACACCAGAGAGUUCAUAAGUGAUUUCAGGAGUCAGAGUUUACUGUUUCUUCUGCCGUUAGUCACAUCCUGGCCUGAAUCAUGUUCAUUUUGAUAGUAGGGGUCUUGGCCACUGUUAAUAUUCCUGUGUUAACACUUAAUAGGCUCGAUAGAGAUCAAAUAAAUCUUAACGGGAGAAAUUAUUUGACCUUUAGUCUGAGUAUUCCUGAAAUGCAGAACAGGCUCAGAAGGUCUGGAUGGGCUGAUAACGACAGGUCAUUCUGCUAUAACGUGACGGUUAGCUUCCUGUGCAACCUUGCACUGUUGGAAAUCGCGCGACAGGGGGGAAGCGUAGAGAUAGGGCUAUGGAAUAUCUAGUAUACCGGUUCAGCAGAAAGGUCACACCAUACAAACAACGUUCACAAUUCACCAAUCGCAUUCUUGCCGAUUCAUGAUGAAACGAGCAGCGCGGUGGCUGAGUGGUUAGCACCGCUGCCUCACGGCGCCGGGGAUCCGGGUUCGACCCCAGCCUCGGGUGACUGUCUGGGUGGAGUUUGCACAUUCUCCCCGCGUCUGCGUGGAUUUCCUCCGGGUGCUCUGGUUUCCUCCCACAGUCCAAAGACGUGCAGGUUAGGGUGAACUGGCCACGCAGCGUCACAUAGAUGUGUAGAUCUGGCACAAUGGCAACGGGGAAUGGGUUUGGGUGGGACUCUCUUCAGAGGGUCGGCAUGCAGGUGCAACAGGCAGUGAGGAACACUAAUGGCAUGCAGGCCUUCACAGUGAGAGGACUGGAGUAUAAGAGUAGAGAUGUCUUGCUGUAGUUAUACAGGAUCUUGGGUCUUGAUUAUUGUGCACAGUUUUGGUCUCCUAGUUUGAGGAAGAACAUUCUUGCUACUGAGGGAGUCCAGACUGAUUCCCAGGAUGGCAGGUCUGACCCAUGAAGAAACUCUGAUCGACUGGGCUCAUGCUCACUGGAACUUAGAAGAAUUGGGGGGGGGGGAUUUCAUAGAAACAUAUAAAACCCUGAUUGGACUGGACAGGCUAGAUGCAGGAAGAAUAUUCCCGCUGUUGGGCAAGUGCAGAAUUGAAUUGAAUUUAUUGUCCCGUGUACCGAGGCACAGUGAAGAGCUGGGGAUGUUUGACCUCUGGAGAUUAUUCGCCACCAGAAAGAUACAUAUGUACUGAUUGUUUUCCCUCCCGCCUGUUCUUUCAUACUUCUCAGUCCCCUUUAUUUAUACAACUACAUACUACAUAUUGAUUAAAAAAAAGGUAAAAUAAA